AUGGAAACUGGAAAAAUAAUCUUUUUUGCCACUGCGACUUUGCUGCAGAUCAUAACAGAAAUUUCUUCAGCAGUCAUUCCAAGUACUUGCAUCAAGCCAUCUGCCAUCAGCAUCCUACAAAAUCCAUGUGACGAUCACGUGGACAAAGUUAAACCUGCUGCAGAGAAUAGAACGCUGAAUCUGAUUGGUCAGCAGGCAGGAGAUUUAAGAGUCCAUACAAAGAGUGCCCUUGAUAUUGUUAAUAAGGAGCGCUAUCACUCGCCGAACCCCGAUCUCACUAUUCUUUUUCCGGAGUCAGUGCAGGAUGUGUCCACAAAUACCACACAAAUCAAGCAUACCAUGGAAUCGGUAUUUCUAUAUGUUGACCAAAUGAUCAACCGAGAGAAGAAAUUACAGAUUAAAAGUGAAAUCCCCGACAUUCUCUGCAACAUCAACAGAAUUAUUGUUAAAAUUCUGUGUAAUUUGUACAGAAUGGGCGCCACCGAAGAAAUAGCACUUCAGGAUAGAGCCGAGCUCAUUAAAGCCUCCGUGAAAGUUCCCUCUCCGCACUAUAAUUUUACUUUUAAGGAAUUAUUUCAAAGGUUCCAUGGAUUUCUGUGUGAAUUAAUGAAGCACGGUGGGGUACAAUCUUCUCAAUGCUAACAUUUUUGUAGUACUAGCUUCAUAUUUAAUAGUAAAAAUGGUUUUAUUUUUUUAUUUAUAUGAUUUACAAUGACGACAAACAUAUGCAUUUUAAAUCUUUAGUAUGUGUUAUCUGGUUAAGUUUUCGUCUUUCUACUAGAUUUUGAUUUAUUGCUUCAUUUUAAUUUAUCCAAAAGAGAUUAUUUAAAAACCUCUAAAUCUUUAAAAAAAAAUUCAAAUCAAUUAUUUUUUUUGCAUAUGUUUGUUCGUUUAACAAAAACUCUAUGAGUGAAGACAUGUCUCAGGGAAUCUUCCAUUGUAAUGAUCUCAAAAUAGUCCCAUGUUUGUGUGAAACCAAAGAAUAUUUAUUUUAGUGCCAUGUAGAAUCGUUUUUCUUUUAUUAUUAUUAUAUUUUUUUUAAAAGAAUAUAUGUAAUAUUUAUUUAUUUAUUCUGUUUGUCAUCCCUUUGGA